AUGAACAUUUUAUGUUAUUAUCGUGAUUGCACAGAAGAAGAUGCUGCAAAAAUGUAUAAAGAGCACAUUAUUGAUAAAAUUCAAGAUCAAUUGGAAUUUAAUCAAUACUUUACACGUCAGUGGGACAUUCAUAAACAACAGUGGAUAGCCGCUGCCAGACCAAAUGAAUUAACCGUUGUAAAUAACGUUUCUGAAUCUUUAUUUAAAAAGAUAAAAUAUCACGAUUUUGGCUGUGUUAAAAAUCAAAGAAUUGAUGUUUUUGUCAAAAAUCUUUUAGAAAAAGUUGCACCCAAUUACUUUUAUCGUAUUAAAAACGAUUUACUUCAAACAGGUUUUAUUCCUUCAAUUAGAAUUCGCGAGCCUCGAUUGACAGAUUAUAAAACAAAAUUGAAAAGAGAAGUUCAAUCACGUUUAUACCAAGUAUUAAAUUUUGUUCAGAAUCAAGAAGCCAAUUUGAAUCCAUUAAGAUUUUUAUUGGAAAAUGCUGAAGAAAAACUUUCUCAAAUAAAUGAGAAGAUACAAAAUUCAAUUGCAUAUUUAAGAUCGUUUGAAAUUCCAAAUGAAUUGUUAGAUACGUAUAUGUUAGAAAUUAAUGAAUUUUGUUAUAAUUCUCCAGAUUAUAUUUUAGAACAUUUCGAAGAAUUUUUAGAGGAUUUCAAAGAAAAGAAUAAUUUAAUAGACUAA